AUGGAUGUUGAAAGUCAUCAGUUUCCUUCAGACGGAGAUAGAGCAUCUAAUAUCCUUUUAAACUAUUCUGAUAAUUCCCCCAAUUUUACGAGACACUCUUCACUAAUUAGACCUGAAAGAGACAAUUUAGAGGAUCCCCACAAUCCACAUCAUUACUAUGCAAAAAAAAUAAUUGAAAAUCAAGAUCAUAUUAAAAUCGGUGCCCAUAGGACUAUUUCAAGGCCAAUAAAUGCAAAACAUUUCAGAGAUAAUUUUCCUUUUGACGUUAAUGAAGGCAGUCUGAGGAAACGUAGGAAUACUAAUCUUAGUUAUGAAUACAGUAAGGAAGAGAUGAAGUCGGAAAAAACAGAUAAGGAGGUCCUUGAAGUAAUUGGAAUAACAAAGAAAUCAUUCCAAAAAAACGCAGGGGAUGAUAGGAAAACUAAAAUAAGAUUGUGGAAAUUCUACUGUUAUUUUAUAACUUUUUGGGCACCUCCACCUGUAUUAAAAUUCUUUGGUAUGCCUAAAAGAGAGAGACAAAUUGCAUGGAGAGAGAAGAUUGGACUAAUAUCCAUCGUGUUUUAUAUGGCGGGAUUUGUGGCUUUUCUGACAUUUGGUUUUACAAAAACAGUAUGUAGAAAUUUGUCCUUACAUGUUUAUCAUAAAGGUAACUUCACAGACCAAUUGCUUAUACAUGGAAAAGUCUUCGAUUUACAAGACUUCAAACAUCCAGAAGCACCUGGGGUCCAAAAUAACUCCAAUAUUUUAUACCCACCCUAUAAUGCAAAUGGAAUGGAUGCAAGUUUAUUAUUUCAAAAUGUCAAUGGAAACUGCAAGGGAUUGAUUAUACCAAAGGAAAAUUGUUCAAUACCACACACGAAGGAAGGAGAUGUGGCAUGGUAUUUUCCAUGUACGUUGAUGAAAGUAGAUGGUACAUCACUUCCAGAAUUUCAGGAAUCAAAAUAUUAUGAUGGAUGGGGGUGUCACACAUCAGACAAUGCAAGAAGACAAUUUUAUACUAUGAAUUAUAUUGCUGACGUUUAUUAUAAAUGGGAGGAUUUAAAAUCCAAAGAGAGAGAUUUGGUUGUAGUCAAUGGGGAAGUUUUAGAUUUAAAUAUUUUAAAUUGGUUAGAUAAAGACCAAUUAUCUUAUCCAUCACAAUUUGACGAAUUGCAAUCAUCGGCAUUAAAAGGAUAUGAUCUUUCAAUUCUGUCAUCAAACUAUUAUCAACAACAAGUCUUAAAAUGUUUAAUUGAUAUAGCUAGGGUUGGAAGAAUUGACUCCAAAUCAAUUGGAUGCAUUGCUUCCGAUGUAGUAUUAUUGGUAUCAUUAACUAUAAUUCUUGGAGUUGUUAUGGCAAAAUUUCUAGUGGCAUGCUAUUUUAGGUGGAAAAUAGCCAAAAAUCAAGGUGCAUAUCCAAUGAAUAAUCAAGCAAUGGAGAAGUAUAUGAAAGAAAUUGAAAGAUGGUCAAAUGAGAUGGAAUUUCAAGGACCAUUAUUUCAGGAAGAAGCAUUAUCUGUUGAGGAAACUGAUGGUAAGCACUCUACUAUUGAAAACAAUAUCAUGAAUUCCACUAUUUCAUCAAGCAAGCUAUUUAAUUUUAAAGAGUUUAAAUUGAAUAUGUCAGCAAAGGACUUGGACUGUUCGGCAUUUAAUGGGAUAACUACAAUGGUUAUUCAAAAUCAGUUAAAACAAAAUAUGGAAGAAAUAAACCUAAGAUCAUCAUAUAUAUCGGGAACAUGUUCGUCUUCUACAAGAGAAAGCCUUAUGACACCGAUUGAGGAACCUUACAAACAAAUAAAUAGUUUUGAUCCCUCAUUAAUCCAUCCAAAAUCUCUGAGUCAGCCAUCUGUUUUCUACAUGCCUCAUAAUUUUCCUUUAGUUCAUAUUAUUUGUUUUGUAACAUGCUAUUCAGAGGGCAAAGAUGGUCUAAGAACUACUUUAGAUUCUUUGUCAAACACUGAGUACCCAGCUACAAAUAAGCUACUAUUAGUUGUAUGUGACGGUUUGAUUAAAGGAUCAGGUAAUGAAAAAACAACACCAGAGAUUGUUUUGGGCAUGAUGCAAGAUUUCAUAAUCCCACCAGAUAAGGUUGAAGCUUAUUCAUAUAUUGCAGUGGCUUCAGGAUCGAAAAGACAUAAUAUGGCUAAAGUUUAUGGAGGGUUUUAUAAAUACGAUGAUAAUACCACACCAACUAAGAACCAAAAAAGGGUACCAAUGAUAACAAUUGUAAAAUGUGGUACAAUUGAAGAAUCAAACUCUAGUAAACCUGGUAAUAGAGGGAAGAGAGAUUCCCAAGUUAUUUUAAUGUCAUUCCUUCAGAAGCUCACUUUUGAUGAACGGAUGAACGAGCUCGAAUAUAAUUUACUGAAAACUAUCUGGCAUAUAACAGGUUUAAUGGGAGAUAUGUAUGAGUUGGUAUUAAUGGUUGAUGCAGACACAAAGGUAUAUCCUGAUUCUUUGACUCACAUGGCAGCAGAGAUGAUAAAAGAUCCAUCCAUUAUGGGGUUAUGUGGCGAAACAAAAAUUGUUAAUAAAGCACAAUCCUGGGUUACUGCCAUUCAGGUUUUUGAAUAUUUCAUUUCACAUCAUCAAGCUAAAGCUUUUGAAUCCGUGUUUGGCUCAGUGACCUGUCUUCCUGGAUGUUUUUCUAUGUAUAGAAUAAAGUCGCCUAAGGGUUUUGAUGGUUACUGGGUACCAAUUUUGGCAAACCCAGAUAUAGUAGAGAGAUAUUCUGAUAAUGUAACUAAUACAUUACAUAAGAAAAAUCUGCUUUUAUUGGGAGAGGAUAGAUAUUUAUCAUCAUUGAUGUUAAAAACCUUUCCAAAAAGAAGACAAAUUUUUGUACCAAAGGCCGCUUGUAAGACGGUGGUCCCUGAUAAAUUUAAGGUUUUAUUAUCCCAACGUCGUAGAUGGAUAAAUUCAACUGUUCAUAAUCUCUUUGAAUUAUUGCUUAUACGUGACCUCUGUGGAACAUUUUGUUUUUCUAUGCAAUUUGUAAUCGGGAUUGAAUUGAUUGGUACUUUAGUGCUCCCUUUAGCCAUCUGUUUUACAAUAUAUGUCAUUACUUUUACUAUUGUCUCCGAGCCUACGCCAGUAAUUACACUCAUUAUAUUAGGAAUAAUAUUAGGUUUGCCCGGAUUGGUGGUAAUAAUUACAGCAACUGGAUGGUCAUAUCUGAUCUGGAUGUUAGCUUACAUAUUGGCCUUGCCCAUCUGGAAUUUUGUAUUACCAGUGUAUGCGUUUUGGAAAUUUGAUGACUUUUCUUGGGGAGAUACGAGGCCAAUUGCAGGUGAUGACAAAAAUCCGGCUGGACAUGAUGACAUAGAGGGUCCAUUUGACUAUUCGACAAUCAAAAUGCAAACAUGGAGACAAUUCAUCGAAGAAGAAAGAAGUCAAAUUUUUUAG